AUGUCAUCCAAGUCCUUCUACGCUCUCAUCGCUGGCGUUGGCCCUGGCACUGGUCGUUCAGUCGCUCUACGAUUCGCUCAGAAAUACCCGGUAGUAUUACUUGCUCGUCGACCUGAGAGUUACGAGAGUACUCUUGCAGAUGUUCAGAAGGCGGGUGGUAAGGCGAUCGGGGUCUCAGCCGACGUUGGAGACGCUGCAUCUUUGAAGAAGGCUUUUGAGACUAUCAACAAGGAAUUGCCAGACAGUCAACUCGCGGCCGCUGUUUACAACGUCGGAAGCGGUGGCUUUGCUAAGAAACCUUUCUUGGAGCUCACAGAGAAUGACCUCAAUGCCAGCAUUGAUGGAUCUAUCCGAGCAUUCUUCAACUUUGCGCAAGCUACUAUUCCUCAUCUUCUUGAAGCAGUACCAAACUCUCACUACCCUCCAACCCUAAUCCUCACUGGCGCCACAGCUUCCGUUAAGGGUUCCGCGUAG